UUUAUUUCCCAUCACUAUCCACACACUCUCUCUCUCUCUCUCUCUCUCUCUCACAGGAAGAAGCAAUGGAAGAAGAAACACACACUCACACAAACACAAAUCACGCAACCCCUGAACCCGAACCAGAUACACCGAUCCACUUUUCCGACCCGACCCAUCACGACCUCGCUCUCCCCGCAGGUCUCACCCAAGAAGAAUUCGAAACCCUAAAACCUUCAAUCGCCAAGCACCACACAUACCCACUCUCCGCCACGCGCCGCCAGUGCUCCUCCCUCCUCGCGCAGCGCAUCCACGCGCCGCCGCACGCCGUCUGGUCCAUCCUCCGCCGCUUCGACAAGCCCCAAUCCUACAAGCACUUCAUCAAGUCAUGCCACGUCAGCGAAGACUUCCAGCUCGCCGUAGGCUGCACCCGCUACGUCGACGUCAUAUCCGGUUUACCGGCUAACACCAGUACCGAGAGGCUCGACGUGUUGGACGAUGACCGACACGUCAUCGGGUUCACUAUUGUUGGGGGUGAGCACCGGUUGAGGAAUUACCGAUCAGUUACUAGCGUUCACGGGUUCGAACAUGAUGGGAAGAUCUGGACCGUUGUUUUGGAGUCGUACGUUGUGGACGUUCCAGAAGGGAACACCGAAGAGGAUACUCGUCUGUUCUCGGAUACAGUCGUUAAGCUAAACCUCCAGAAACUCGCGUCUGUCACCGAAGGGAAGAUCACCGACGGUGACGAUAGCUAGAAAGUAGACGAGUUCUGUUCUGGAAUCAGUGAAAUGAUGCAUGAAUGAAUGUCUUUUGGAUUUGAAGGGCACUUUGGUCAACACAUGUUGAGGCAUCAAGUGUUGACUUAUUAUGGUCUAUGGACCAUGAUCCAUGAUCCAUGAUACUGAUAUUGAUAUGUUUCUAUGAAUAACCACUGUGUUGAAAUGUGAUAUGAUAUGAUUACAGGGCUUCCUUGUUAGUUCAAUUAAUAUUUUUUUAGUUAUUUAUGUUAUCUUUCUAGUUAUUGCCGUUUCUCCCUAAGAAGAUGCCCAAUAAGAUCUUCUUUAUGCCUUGUUCUUCAUUGGUGGAGAAAUUUAAAAUUGGGGAUAUUAUGGCCAACCAAAAAUUCUUGGAAAGUUAUAGUUUCUACUUUGGGAUGAUGGAGUAUUUGAGUCAUUGAGUGUAAGAAGGGAAUUAUAUCUCACUUAAACUUUAUAAAUCUAAAAGAUGGCCAUGUGUAAUAAUAUUGUCUCACCCUUAAAAUUUUGAUUAUAGUUCAUAAGCAUUUUUUUAAAAUUUAGUUGAUAGCGAUGAGAUAAUAGAUAUUUUUAUUUCUAUUUUGAUAAUAUUUCUUUUUAUAAA